AAACGAUUAUUCUUGUUAGUCACCAAUCUUGUACAUAUAAAACUCUUCCACUAGACUAAUGUAACAUUUAUAAUCAAAUACAAAAGCUUCCUUUAUACGUUGAUUAGCUUCAUUUUGUCCUCCUCUCUGUUUCUCUCACAAGCGCCAUGGACGAGAUCCAAAUUGCUUCACUCCUCAAAUCAUCUGAGCUUUUUCCGAUUCCUCAAAGCGUCAAGCUUUCGUAUGGAACAGCUGGGUUCCGAGGCGAUGCAAAGUUGCUUGAAUCAACUGUCUAUAGAGUUGGGAUUCUCUCAGCUCUCCGAUCGCUUAAGCUUGGAUCAGCCACCGUCGGGCUUAUGAUCACAGCUUCGCAUAACAAAGUCUCUGACAAUGGCAUUAAAGUUUCAGAUCCAUCUGGAGGUAUGCUUUCUCAGGAAUGGGAGCCUUUCGCAGAUCAGAUCGCUAACGCAUCUUCUCCUCAAGAACUCGUUUCAUUGAUUAGAGAAUUCAUGGAGAAGGAAGAGAUUAUGAUCGGAGAGAAGAAUAAAGGUGCAGAGGUUUGGUUGGGAAGAGAUACAAGACCUAGUGGUGAAUCGCUUCUCCGAGCUGCGGAGAUUGGAGUUGGUUCAAUUUUGGGAUCUGUAGCGAUUGACAUUGGGAUUUUGACAACUCCGCAAUUGCAUUGGAUGGUUAGAGCUAAGAAUAAAGGUCUUAAGGCAACUGAGAAUGAUUACUUUGAGAAUCUCUCUACUUCAUUUAUGUGUUUGAUUGAUCUGAUUCCAGUUAGUGGAAAUGAUAAGUUAGAGAUUAGCAAAUUGCUUGUAGAUGGUGCUAAUGGUGUAGGUGGACAGAAGAUUGAGGAGCUAAGAGGGUCUUUGAGCAAUCUUGAUCUUGAGAUUCGUAACACAGGGAGAGAUGGUGGUGUGCUUAAUGAAGGUGUAGGUGCUGAUUUUGUGCAGAAAGAAAAGGUUUUGCCUUUAGGAUUUGGGUCUAAGGAUGUUGGGAUGAGGUGUGCGAGUUUGGAUGGUGAUGCAGAUCGAUUGGUUUACUUUUACAUUCCUUCAGAGUCUUCUGAAAAGGUUGAGCUACUAGACGGCGAUAAGAUUCUGUCUUUGUUUGCUCUCUUCAUCAAAGAGCAAUUAAACAUUCUUGGUGAUGAUAAAGAAGGGAAGCAGUCUCGUCUUGGUGUUGUGCAGACAGCUUAUGCGAAUGGUGCAUCCACUGAUUACCUAAAGCAGUUGGGUUUAGAUGUUGUUUUCGCUAAAACUGGGGUAAAGCAUUUACACGAGAAAGCAGCAGAGUUUGAUAUCGGGAUCUACUUUGAAGCUAAUGGCCACGGGACUAUACUCUUCUCGGAAUCUUUCAUAUCUUGGUUAGUUUCCAAACAAAAAGAUCUUACGGACAAAGGUCAGGGUGGUUCAGAAGAACACAAAGCGGUUUCUAGACUAGUAGCGGUGAGUAACCUGAUCAACCAAGCGGUUGGUGAUGCUCUAAGUGGAGUGCUCUUGGUUGAAGUGAUUCUGCAACACAUGGGAUCGUCAAUACAGAAGUGGAAUGUACUAUACAAGGACCUUCCUAGCAGACAGAUCAAGGUCGAAGUUCCAGACAGAACAGCGGUUGUGACCACAAGCGAAGAAACGGAGGCUCUGAGACCUUUGGGGAUUCAAGAUGCUAUUAAUUCUGAAAUCAACAAGUACCCGCGUGGCAGAGCUUUUAUAAGGCCAUCAGGUACAGAAGAUGUGGUGAGAGUAUAUGCAGAAGCAUCCACUCAAGAAGCUGCUGAUUCUUUGGCUAAUUCUGUGGCUCAGCUCGUCAAAAGCUUCCUUGGUUAAUGGGAGACUUUUUGUUUUUCUUGUUAAUCUCUUAGCUUUCACAUCUUUUGUAUAACCCGAAUGACAUGUUCUCUUGUCUUUCUUGUCUGCUUCUUGUGAUUUACUUUGUUUAUCUUCUAGCUCUUCUGCUCCCUUUCCUCAACGUAAACCUAAACAUGCUUUACUUUCCU